CGGGCAAACUAAAGACAGGCGCCUUGUAAUAUCAAGUUUAGCCGUUUUAGCGCGCUUAGACGAAAUCGCCUUUGCUACGUUACGUUGUAGCAGGCGGUAUGUUCAGUUGUGUGAAUUUUAACAUCUGCCUGUUUUUGGUGGCUGGCCGCACGCCUAAAUGACAUGGAGUGUCAAAAUAGAGCGCGAAAGACAAGCUUGCCUGCUCGGUUUGAGCAUUUCAACCUUGAUGAUGAUUCCACUGAUGCAUUGGAUGUGGCUGCUGGAGAAUGUAGCAGUAAUGCAACGCUGCAAAAUGAAGCCCAAGAUGCCAGCAUUACCCAAGCAUCAGUGCCCACCAUGCACAGGGCCACACGGGGGAGGAAGUUUCCCUGCCAGAAGUGUGGCCGUUGCUUUGACUCCAGGCUGAAGAGGACAAAACACCAGUUUACACACACAGGGGCUGCGAGCAGCACCUCAUCCCUCGAAUGCACCAAGUGCCAACGGACAUUUUCGAGCAGGCUCACACUAGUCGAGCAUCAGGCAUGGCACGAGAGCCGGAUGCUGUACUCUUGCCCCACCUGUAACCGGCAGUUCCGGCAGAACACUGGUCUGUGGCGCCACCUGAGGACGCACGACCCGGACGCACCUAAGCGGCGCUACCCAUGCGCCCAGUGUGGCAAGGACUUUGCCAGGCUCGACUACCUCAAGGAGCACCUGGCCUCCCACGACGAGUCGCGCAAGGGCCGCUUUGUGUGCGACAUCUGCCAGCGAAGCUUCUUCCAGAGCUCAGAUCUCAGCCGCCACCGGCAGACGCACAACAGUGAGCGGCGCUUCGAGUGCAGCAUAUGCAAACGAGGGUUCUUGAAUUCUUCAAGCCUGAAGCGGCACGAAAAAGAGCAUGACCCGGCGCAGAGGACACCCUGUCCCGAGUGUGGAGCCACAUUCAAGCGCCCCUGCCAGCUAAAGGAUCACAUAGUGAGAUACCAUGGUGAUGCGGCUCUUUUGAAGCUGCUCGCACCGAAAAAGAGGUUAAUUCAGAGUGCAAGUGCACUCAAAAUGGACAGAAAGCAAACCUCCAAGCCUCUGUUACAACAUGACGACAACAGCGUACUUCAAAGGAAUGGUCAUGACACCAUAGGUGGUGUGCAAAGUAGACUUGAAGCUGAGAAAGAUUGUCUCCUGAGGGAAAGGUUGACAGCUCGUGUUGAUGUAGUGCCUGCAAGUGACCUGCAGAUCUGCGACAGGCCAGAAAUGAACGGAAACACAAGUUGGCUUCCAGAACAGCAUACGAGCAGCGGCAAGACGAUGGCAUCUGGUUCUAGUAGCGCACCUCUGGGGGAUGGCUCAACACAAUCUGAGAAGCCCACCAAACAGACGCCAACAGCUGUUGUAAGCAAUCCGGCUGGCUCGCCAACGCUGCAAGGCAACGGUUGUGCAGAAACAGAGGCUGUAGACCAAGGAGACAUCCUUCAGCGCUCACUCAGGGUACUGCCGAUAGAAUGCAUAGAAGGCGAUCUCAGCAGUGGUUUAGGCAUCGAGCCUGAAACCAGUUUUGUGAGUCACCCCGACUUUGGAAGCCAGGCCUACUAUGACUGGCUGUCAGGCUUCACGUCUGCCUGCAACCUUGCCACGCUGCCUCUCGACACGGAGAUGUUCACAAAAGUGACCCAAGUGCUCAAGACCAUAAGUGAUGCACUCGCGACUCCAUCUGGCGUGCUCACCUGUCGCGAGAACUUCAGAGUCUUGCUUGGUAUCUUGGAGGACCUUCAAAGAGCUGUGGGAAGCCACCUCAACUUUGUGCUUGAAACAUUGCAGCCAUCGCAGCCAACAUAAGUGUCACCCAUAGUGCCUGUGCAUCGCAGCUACCAGAGUAGAGACAUUAACGUCUGUAUAUUUCAAUGCAGACGUUGCAUUAGGGCUUAAAAGAACUGUGUUCUUGACUCUUCAUAUUCACUGUUGCAAGCAAGGCUGACAUAAUGCUGUAUUUAAUUUUCAUACCCUUAUCCUCUCGUUUUCGCAGCUCAAAUCACAACAUAUGCCCUUCAAGCUUCGAUUAAGCCUUUGUCAAAUGGGCAUUCACACGUCUACCUUACUUGGCUUGGCUCUGCACAGCGAUACGAGUCUUGUGUUGAGGAGUUGGUGGUCAGUGGUAAACACUGGCUGCGUUUUGAGUUUAGCGGGCCACUGGUAGAGCCAGGGCGCGACUGCGUUUGAGAGAGGACUCUCGCCCACAGGGUUCGACGGGAUAUUCGUGGCGCGGGCUGCUUUCCCAGAGCUUCACUUUCCCAGUUGACUUUGGAAGAGAGCUUUCAUUCCUUAAUGGGUGCACCUAGUCAAGAAGUCAUUGUUGGGCACCUCAAGAUGUAAGCAAAAGUGAAAUCGAAAAUGUAUGUGUGCUAUAAGAUGCCAACUUGCCAAGUGGCUGAUUUCUCAUUCGUGUGUUUCCUACCCGCUGCUACAAAUGGUGUUGCUAGCUCAGUGGUGUGCCGGCCUAUUCUUGUUCGUGUUUGUUAAAUUGGUUCACAUUUUCACCACUAUAUGUGUGUUCAGUAAACUUCCGCUGAUUACUUUUUGA